AUGUCUGAACUUGAAAUCAUUGGUGAAGAUUUCUACAAGGCUUUGGAAGACCUAACGUUUAAUUCAAGACCUAUUAUUCAAACAUUAACUAUUCUGGCUCAAGAAAAUGUUCAUGCUGAUUCAAUUUCUAAAAAUGUUGGUUCUCCUUAUACCUUGCUAUUUGGUCAAAAAUUAUUUCAAACAUUUACACAAGCUUUUUUAUUAGUUGAUGAUAUUAAUAGGAAAAAAUAUAUUGAUUUAUUUAAAACUUGGAAAAUUGCUAAAACUUCAAGUGGAUUACCUUUAUUCCCUCCAGAACCAAUUUCUAAAAUUGAACAAUUCUUAAUUAAAGCUAGUUCUUUAUAUAAUCCACCUUCUCAAAGAUCAACUCCAACUCCAAUACCUCAACAACAAUUACCUCAACAACAACAAUUUAUUCCUCAAAUACCACAAUUCCAACAACAACAGCCACAAAUCACUUCAUCAAUAUUAAUUCCAAUUGUGGAUCAUUUAUUAAAUUUGACUUCUGAAAGACAAAAAUUAAAUCCAAAUGAUCAAGAUAUUAUUAAAAAAAUUCAAAUUAUAAAUCAAUUAAAAUUUGCUAUACAAUCUCAAACUUUAGAUCAAAAUGCUUUAAUUCAAUUAAAAACAGAUUUAGAAUCAAUGACAAAAUCUGAAGAAACUUUUAUAAAGAAAAAUUCACCAAAAAUUCAAAACCCCAAACCAACUUUACAAAAUUUAUUAAAACCUUCAUCAUCUCCAUCACCAUCACCAAUACCUAUAUUACAAGAUUCAAAUGGUAAAAACCCUUUAGGUUUAUUAAAUAAUAUUGCAAAUUUAAAAGCUCCAAAAAAGGAUUUAUCUUCAUUAAUUUCAAAUUUAGAAUCAAAAGGUCUUGUUAAAGAUAAAAAAACUAGUACAUUACCAUCAAAUUCCAUAUUAAAAUCAUUAUUAACUAAAAAAACUACACCUAAUACAACCAAAAACCAAGAACCUAAUGAAAUUUCAAAUUUAUUAACUCCAAUAAAUCCAUUCAAACAAUUUAAAUUAGAUAAUAAAUUAAAUAUAGAUCCAACUGAUUUAUAUAAUAAAUUUUUCAUUUCUGAAAAACCAAAUAAAUGUGGUACUUGUGGUAUUCGUUUCCCUCAAACAGAAUCUGGUCAAACCCAAAGAAGAAAACAUUUAGAUUGGCAUUUCCGUAUAAAUAAUCGUCUAAAAGAAUCAAAAAUCGUUCAAGCAAGAUCUUGGUAUAUUGAUGAUGAAGAUUUUGUUCAAUUUAGAGAUUGGGAUAUUUUUAAUGGUUCAAAUUCAAAUCAAGAUGAUUCAACCCAGGAUGAUAAACCUAAAAAGGAAAAAAAAUAUGUUAUUGUCCCCGAAGGUGGUGAUAUGAAUAUAAUUUGUGGGAUUUGUAAAGAUUUUAUUAAGGCAAAAUUUAAUGAUGAUUUAGGUGAAUGGAUUUGGGAUGAUUGUAUUGAAAAAAAUGGUCGAGUUUUCCAUGAUUCUUGUUUUGAAGAAAGUACUAAUGAUAAAAAUACUACUACAAUAACUGGUCUUACUGGUGGUUUACAAAAUUUAUUAAAUAAAAAAAGAGAAAGACCUUUGGAUCAAAAUAAUGUUGAUUUUGGGAAAUUGAAAGAUAUUGUUAAAAAUGUUAAAUUGAAUCCAAAGAAUUGA